UUGAAGGUUGACCGCGAGUUUCUGGUCUCCUAGCAACUGAGCUGCGUUAGCUUGACGCGGCGGUGCUGUGGUCAGCCUGCAGCAUCAGAGGAAAAUAACAGGCUAAACAGAGUGUAAGCCCCCGAUUGUGUUGUUUCCCUGGAAGAUGGUGGCCAAACAGAGGAUCCGGAUGGCCAACGAGAAACACAGCAAGAACAUCACGCAGAGAGGAAAUGUAGCCAAGACGCUGCGACCGCAAGAGGAGAAGUACCCCGUCGGCCCCUGGCUUCUCGCCCUCUUUGUAUUCGUUGUUUGUGGAUCAGCCAUAUUCCAGAUCAUCCAGAGUAUCCGCAUGGGGAUGUGACAAAGGGCACGGGCCGUGACCCCUGACCCCCUUCUUAUGCCCUCACUGAGCCCGGCUAGCCACCGCCUGCACACUCACGCCCUCAUCCCCCACAGAGCGACCUCUGACCCCCGAUCAGCGUUUCCAGUGUUGCAGUCUGUGGUGCUGACAGCUUUUCUACGGACAGUCUAAAACCACGCCGGCUGCAGGACGACUUUCAUUUGUCGCUUGGCUCCUGUGUGUGUGUGUGUGUGCGGGCGUGUGUGUGAGCUGGCGGUGAAUCCUGCUGACUAUGUGCCAUAACUGUGUUAUUUUCUUCUGUACUGUACGAAUGAAGAAUGUGGGUUUUUGGUGGGUUUUUAUUUGUUGUUUUUUGUUUGUUUUCCAAAUAAAUGUGAAGCAGUUCGA